CUGAGGGACAAGGAGUACUUUGGCUCAGUAAACUUGCAUCUUUCAUCAGAAGAAAACGACCACAGUUCUUGUUACAGCCAGUCAGAUAGUCAGUAUGGUUCUCCUCCAAAGGGUUGGUCAGAAGAGUUGGAUGAACAUGGUCAAACCUUAUAUACCAAUGACUAUACUAAUGAAAAGUGGAUAAAACAUGCAGAUGAACAAGGUAGACCGUACUACUACAGCGCUGAUGGUUCCCGAUCCGAAUGGGAGUUACCUAAGUACAAUGCUUCACCACAGCAGCAGAGAGAUAUAAUAAAGAGUAGGAGUCUGGACAGGAGGCUACAAGAACCAAUAGUUUUAACAAAGUGGAGGCACAGCACAAUUGUGUUGGACACCAACGAUAAGGAAUCAUCAACUGCUUCUAGGGCCAGUUUUCCUGAAAAUGAGUCCUCUCCUUCUUCACCAAAGCAUCAAGCCACAGGUCAAGAGAAGUAUGGAUUACUGAAUGUGACAAAAAUUACAGAAAAUGGGAAGAAAGUUCGGAAGAAUUGGAUGUCAUCAUGGGCAGUGUUACAAGGCUCCUCGCUGCUGUUCACUAAAACCCAAGGAAGUGGAACUGGCUGGUCAUUUUGCCAAGCAGGCUCAAUUCCUGAGCUCUUGCUCUCGCUGCUUUCUUCUUGGAAAAAUGCUCUCAGUCGUCGACCUGCUGUCACCUAUGUAAACUCUGACCAAGUUUCAGCUAUCACUAAGUUUGGUGUCAAUCAGUCUAAGCCAGAAUUUACAGUGGAUCUCAAAGGGGCAUUAAUUGACUGGGCCUCAAAGGACAAAUCCAGCAAGAAGAAUGUCAUUGAGCUAAAAACUCGCCAAGGAACUGAGCUUUUAAUUCAAUCUGAUAAUGACAGCUUUAUUAAUGAAUGGUAUAAAGUUCUUAACUAUACCAUCAACAAUCAGGUAGUAGAGUCCGAUGAAGCAUUAGAUGAUGAGGUACCAGAUUCCCCUGGGGUGGAAAAACAAGACAAAGAAAAAGAGAAAGAGAAUAAAGAUUCUAAGAAACUUCGUUCAGUGAAAGCACCUAGCAAUAUAGAUUCCACAGAUCAGAAAAAGACCAAAACAAAGCUCAAGAAGUUUCUAACACGGCGCCCUACGUUACAAGCUGUCCGUGAAAAAGGCUACAUUAAGGAUCAAGUGUUUGGUUCCAAUCUCACCAGCUUGUGUCAAAGAGAAAACAGCACGGUGCCAAAGUUCGUGAAGCUGUGCAUUGAGCAUGUUGAGGAACAUGGAUUAGAUGUUGAUGGCUUGUACCGAGUUAGCGGCAAUCUUGCAGUGAUACAGAAGCUAAGAUUUGCAGUCAAUCAUGAUGAGAAACUGGACUUGAAUGACAGUAAAUGGGAAGAUAUACAUGUCAUCACAGGAGCUCUAAAGAUGUUUUUCAGAGAAUUGCCAGAGCCGCUGUUCACUUAUAAUCACUUCAAUGACUUUGUAAAUGCAAUUAAACAAGAACCAAGGCAGCGUGUCCAUGCUGUGAAAGAUUUAAUCAAACAGUUGCCAAAACCAAAUCAGGACACUAUGCAGGUGCUGUUCAGACACCUGAAGAGAGUUGUGGAAAACGGAGAAAAGAACCGAAUGACCUAUCAAAGCGUAGCAAUAGUUUUUGGUCCAACCUUAUUAAAACCAGAGAAAGAGACUGGUAACAUAGCAGUCCACACUGUAUACCAGAAUCAGAUUGUAGAGUUAAUUCUACUGGAAUUGAAUUCCAUCUUUGGACGCUGACAUUUUUCUUGGAGUAGAAGCUGAAGUGAUGGGUUGGCAGCAGUACUCCAUCAGAAGGAAAAUCUCUCACUGUACAUGAUGUAUUAUGUUUGUGGACCAAGCAGCAACUUGUUUUUUGCACUUUUGGGGAGGGGAGAAACAGGAGAAAUGUUUGACCACUUCAACGCGAAUUAAAGACAACACGUUGGAUUUCUUUCGGAAGUUCAAUGUACAAAGUGAAUUAAAAACUUUUUAGUUUGCCUUUUUUUAAGGUAGCAUUGGAAAAAAUGUAAUAUAGGUUCAUA